AUGGAUGAGAAGCCGAAGGACACUGUCAUCUCCUCCUCCGCUGCAUCACUGAACUCGGAGGAAGCGGACAAGAUUCGCUCAGAGGCUUUGGCGACUGAGAAAUCGCGACUUCCAGAUGGCUAUUUCAUGAGCCCCCGCAUGAUUGGCAGCUUCGCGGGAACUUCUAUCAUCGUCGUGGCAACGUACUUCCAGUUCCAAGCCUGUGCCGCCGUCAUCACAUCUACCAUCAACCAAGACAUCGGCCCCAGCGCCAACGUCGCGCUCGUCAAUACUGUCUGGACGAUUUCCCAGCCCAUCGCCCUGCUCCUCUUCGGCCGGCUCUCCGACCGCUUUGGCCGCAGAGGGUUCGCGCUGGGAUCAUGCGUUCUUGCGAUUGUUGGCGGCAUUGUGGCGGCUACGGCGCAGAGCAUUGAGACGCUUAUCGGGGCGCAGGUCCUGAUGGGCAUCGCGAGUGGUGUGCCAGCGGCGUAUCCGCUACUUGCGGGCGAGCUGAUGAGUAACAAGGAGAAGUAUGUGGGGACAGCGAUUGUGGUGGUGCCGAAUGUGGUGGCGACUGGGUUCGGGCCGUAUAUUGGGUUGCGGCUGGUCAAUGUUGCGAACUGGAGGUGGAUCUUCUAUAUCUUCAUCAUCAUGAUGGUCCCCGGAACGCUCCUCUGGUUCUUCUUCUACCACCCACCCUCAUACACCCAACUCCACGGCAAGAAAUCCCGCAAAACCGACGAACUCAAGAAAGUCGACUACAUCGGCGUCUUCCUCCUGACCGCUGGUCUGGCGCUCUUCCUUCUCGGCAUCUCAUGGGGCGGUCCUACCGUGCCCUGGGACUCCCCAAAAAUUCUUGGUCUCCUAAUCUCUGGUGCCAUCGCAACCAUUGCCUUCAUCCUUUACGAAGUCUUUCUCACACCCGCACAGCCCAUCAUUCCCAUGCGCUUCUUCCGCGAUCUGCGCGGCUUCACCUGCCUCGAAGUCAUCUCUGGCACGUACGGCGUGAUGAACAUCGCGCUCUUUAUCAUGUGGCCGCAGCAGGUGACGUAUAUCUUCGGGUCGACGGUUAAUUCGUGGCAGGAGGCAGCGUGGCUUUCUACGACAGCGGCGUUUGGGCUCUGGGGCGGUAUCGUCGUUCUGGGCCCGUUGAUGCAUUGGAUUAAGCAUAUCCGGUACCAGAUCCUCGUCAGCUCGAUCUGGAUGACCGCGUUCUUGGGUGCUAUGGCCAGUAUUACAGUGGAGAAGAAGAGCCAGGCUAUUGCGUUUUCCUUCUUGGGCGGGUUGACCAUCGGAUGGGGCGAGGUUAUUGCGGCGAUUAUUGUGCAGUAUGUGGUUUCGGAUCAGGAUUUGGGGGUUGCUUUCUCCGUCAUAUCCGCCUCCCGCACAAUCUUCGGCUCCAUCUUCACCGCAGCCUUCAUCGCCGUCUACACCAACAAAGUCCCCGGCUACCUCACCUCGAUCGUACCAUCCGCGGUCCUCAACGCCGGGCUCCCCGAGUCCUCGCUCACCGACCUGAUGACAGCCGUUGGUACCGGCACACAGGCCGCGCUUCUCGCCGUGCCCGGCAUGACUCCCGAGCUCCUCCGCGUCACCAACAUCGCCGUGUCGAAUGCGUACUCCAAGUCGUAUGCUUACGUGUAUUACUUUGCCGUCGCGCUUGGCGGGCUCGCUAUCAUCGCCAGCGCGUGCUUGAGGGACUUCGAUCGCUAUCUUACGGAGCAUGUGAGUCGGCAGUUGUAUCAUAAGAAAGAUGCGAACACAGAUCCUUUGGACAUGGUGGACGUUAAGGUUACGAGGGGAAGUGUUGAGGAGGGGGAGAAGGAGCCGCAUGCUGCUUGA